UACUGCCAGCCUGAGUGCUGUGAUCAGUGCAACGUCCUUCACGCAAUGAAUAUCAUCGAAACUCUUUUUGGCCGAGCUGUUACUCCCGCUGAAAGGCUUCGCCAACAUCAGCGGGCUCUAACCAAGGCUCAGAGAGAGCUCGACCGCGAGCGCUCAAAACUCGAGCAGUCGGAGAAGAAAAUCGUACAGGACAUUAAGAAAAGCGCGAAAGCUGGCCAGAUGGUAGGCAUUGUCGUUUCGUCAUUGUCAUGGCUAUCACGCUUUGCAGUAGAGUGCCUGCAAAAUCAUGGCCAAGGACUUGA